GCUGACAGACAGAUCACUCUGGAAGAAAAUGGAAGGGAAAGUUUUGCUCUUUCAGCCGAAGCACAACAAAGCGCCCGCCUCGUUCCCUCCUCUUCCCCCUCAGUGUUUCUCCUCCUCCUUUUUUAACGCUCUCCGCUGAGGGCUGAGCUAACCCGUGGCCAGUAAAGCGCCGCAGGUCCUGGAGAAACACACUUUACACUCUUGACAGUUUGAGGAAGCUCAUAAUCCCAGCAAACUGAUGGUCAAAACAUUGAGGACGUGCAACAAAAAAGGGGAAAGCUUCACCUGGAAAAGGAUUAAGCAGCAGAUUGUGUGAAAGCUCUACUGCGUUGUUAUUGCUGGUCAUAAUCUGAGCUGUUGCUUCACUGACAAAUCAUCUGGGACAGGAGUUUCUUAGCAGCAUGUUUGACUGUAUGGAGGCUCUCGGGGUGGGACAGAGACCCCUGUUUGACGUGUCCGCUCAGAGUUCAUGCAUGCUGAGGAAAGCCAGCUCCUUCUUCUCUGGCCUGGAGCCCUUCUCAUGGAGCAACAACACUAGCCUGCAGUCGGUGGAGACACAGAGCACCAGUUCAGAAGAGAUGAUCCCCAGCUCUCCUUCUCCCCCUCCUCCUCCACGGGUCUACAAACCCUGCUUCGUGUGCCAGGACAAAUCUUCUGGAUACCAUUAUGGAGUCAGCUCUUGUGAGGGCUGCAAGGGUUUUUUCCGCCGCAGUAUCCAGAAGAACAUGGUGUACACCUGUCACAGAGACAAAAACUGCCAGAUCAACAAGGUGACGCGCAACCGCUGCCAGUACUGCAGACUGCAGAAGUGCUUCGAGGUCGGCAUGUCCAAAGAAGCGGUGCGGAACGACAGGAAUAAGAAGAAGAAGGACGUAAAAGAGGAGGUGGUUCUUCCUGAAAGCUACGAGCUGAGCGGAGAACUGGAGGAACUGGUUAAUAAAGUCAGCAAAGCACACAGAGAAACCUUCCCUUCGCUCUGUCAGCUGGGGAAAUACACAACUAACUCUAGUGCGGAUCACAGGGUUCAGCUGGAUCUGGGACUGUGGGAUAAAUUCAGUGAACUCUCCACAAAGUGCAUUAUAAAGAUAGUGGAGUUCGCCAAACGUCUGCCAGGGUUUACUUCGCUCACUAUCGCAGACCAGAUCACCUUACUCAAAUCUGCCUGCCUCGAUAUACUGAUGUUGCGGAUCUGCACUCGCUACACUCCUGAGCAGGACACCAUGACGUUUUCAGACGGAUUGACCCUCAACAGGACACAGAUGCACAACGCCGGCUUCGGGCCACUCACAGACCUGGUGUUUGCGUUCGCCGGCCAGCUCUUGCCUCUGGAGAUGGACGACACAGAGACGGGGCUCCUCAGCGCCAUCUGCCUCAUCUGUGGAGACCGUAUGGACCUGGAGGAGCCUCACCGUGUGGAUCAGCUGCAGGAGCCGCUGCUGGAGGCGCUGAAGAUCUAUGCUCGCCGCCGCCGUCCCAACAAACCUCACAUGUUCCCCCGAAUGCUGAUGAAAGUCACCGACCUGCGGGGCAUCAGCACUAAAGGAGCUGAACGCGCCAUCACCCUGAAGAUGGAAAUCCCGGGACCGAUGCCUCCUUUGAUCAGAGAGAUGCUAGAGAAUCCGGAGAUCUUUGAGGACAGCAGCGACUCUAAUGACUCCGGUGCUGCCGCCGUCGUCCCGGCGCCGAACAUCAAACGUGAGCGGGACGAGGAAGAGGAGGAUGAAGACGAAGAGGAGGACGAGUGUGCAGAGGACGGCCGGGACCGAGCAGCAGACAGUGAGGAUGAAGAGCUGGACUCAGCCGGAGCCAAAAAGAGCUCAUCAGGGAGAGCGCAGUGACCAAAAGAGGACCGUAUGUAGACAAGCAGAAAACUGCGGACAACACUGAGUUUCACACACAUAUGAUCCAAGAAGACUGAUUUUUUUUAGCAUUCAGAUGAAGAGGAUAGGAUAAACACACACAACUUUGCACAUCUAGUUUCCAUCAGUAAGGACGUUUGCUGUAGAAUAAAAAAAAAAUAUUAUCAUAAUUAGGGAUGCACCGAUAUCAUUAAUGGGAUAAUGGUACCGAUAAUGCUAUUGAUAAUAGUACCAAUAAUGGUACAGAUAAUGGUAUCGAUAAUAGUACCAGAAAUGGUACCGAUAAUGGUACCAAUAAUGGGAUAAUGGUACAGAUAAUGGUACCAAUAAUGGGAUAAUGGUACCGAUAAUGAUAUAGAUAAUUAGCACCGAUAAUGGUACCGAUAUUGGGAUAAUGGUACAGAUAAUGGUAUUGAUAGUAGUACCAACAAUGAUACCAAUAAUAGGAUAAUGGUACCGAUAAUGAUAUAGAUAAUAGUACCAAUAAUGGGAUAAUGGUACCGAUAAUGGUAUUGAUAAUAAUACUGAUAAUGGUAUCGAUAAUAGUACCGAUAAUGGUAUCGAUAAUAAUACUGAUAAUGGUACCGAUAAUGAUAUAGAUAAUAGUAUCAAUAAUGGGAUAAUGGUACCGAUAAUGGUAUCGAUAAUAAUACUGAUAAUGGUACCAAUAAUAGUACCGGUAAUGUUAUCGAUAAUAAUACUGAUAAUGGUACCGAUAAUGAUAUAGAUAAUAGUACCAAUAAUGGGAUAAUGGUAGCGAUAAUGGUAUCGAUAAUAAUACUGAUAAUGGUACCAAUAAUA